AAAGAUAUGGAGAACAUCACCUCGGUGUUUUGUCUGUGACGAGGAGGUGAAUCUCCUUGGUGUGUGCGUAUACAAUUGUUCUGUACCGAGGUAGAGAAGGAAGGUUGUUUGCGUGUAUUUAUUGUUUGAAAUGGCAUCGCCGGCGCCGAAGUCGCCGGAGCAGUCAGAUAAGUCAAAGAAAUACGAUCGUCAGCUCAGAUUGUGGGGUGAUCACGGUCAAGCUGCGCUGGAGUUAUCGCAAGUAUGUCUUAUUAAUGCAAAUGGCUUGGGAACAGAAAUUCUCAAAUCGUUGGUGUUGCCAGGUAUCGGCGCUUUUACAAUUGUAGAUGGCAAGAAAGUGACGGAAGAGGAUAUUGGAUGCAAUUUUUUUCUAGAUGUGGAUAGCUGUGGUAAAUCACGGGCACAGGUAGCAACACAGCUGUUGUUAGAACUGAAUCCUGAUGUUCGCGGUGAUUAUGUUGAUGAAGAUGUGGAACAACUAUUAGAGAACAGCGCAGACUUUUUCAACAAUUUCACAGUGGUGAUUGGGUCAUCAUUAACAGAAAGAGUCCUCAUCCCUUUAUCAAAAAAGUUGUGGGAGUUGGAUAUACCUUUCAUUGUCUGUCGCAGCUAUGGGUUUGUCGGCUAUGCGAGAAUACAAGUUGCAGAACACACAGUAAUUGAAACCCAUCCUGACAACCAAAUGCCAGAUCUGCGGCUUGAUAAACCUUUUUCUGCUCUCCAGAAUCACAUAGAUUGUAUAAAUCUAGAUUUAAUGGAAUAUAAAGAUCAUGCACAUGUUCCUUAUGUAAUUAUACUGUAUAAAUACCUUCAGAAAUGGAGAGAGCAAAAUGGAGGCAGGUUACCAAAUACUUUUAAGGAAAAGGAGAGGUUACGAGAAAUGAUUAGACAAGGUAUGUUUCGUGAUGAACAUGGCAAUGUUGAACUGGAAGAAAAUUUUGAAGAAGCAGUUAAGGCUGUAAAUUAUGCAGUCACAUCAACAGCUGUACCAUCUAGUGUAAGAGAAAUACUUGAUGAUGAUGCUUGCAUUAACUUAACAUCAAAGAGCAAACCUUUCUGGAUAAUGGCAAAAGCUGUCCGUGAUUAUAUUGACAACGAGGGUCAGGGAUGCCUGCCAUUGCGAGGAACAUUACCAGACAUGACAGCCGAAACUGAGCGUUAUAUUGCCUUGCAGCAAGUGUACCACAGCGAGGCAGCAAAAGAUGCAGAUGUUGUGUUCAGAAGAGUCCAGCAACUGUUACAUCAGCUGAAUCAACCAGCUGAUACAAUUACGGAGAAGGAUGUUAAAACAUUCUGUAAACAUGCAAGUAAUCUUCAUCUUUUGAGAGGAACACGCAUAGCUGAUGAAUAUGAUCCUAAAACAAACAAUGCUCACAACAUUGCUAUGAAUCUUGAAAAUCCAGAGUCUCCCCUAGUAUAUUACCUAAUGUUAAGGGGAGUAGAUCGUUUCUUUGCAGAAUACAAUGCUUAUCCAGGUGAAUUUGAUGAUCAAGUUGAACCUGACAUUGUUAAACUUAAGGCUUGUAUAUCAAAAUUAUUGAGUGAGUGGGGUUGUGGACCAUUAGCCAAAGAUGACUACGUGCAUGAGAUUUCUAGAUAUGGUGGAGCAGAACUACACUCAGUGUCUGCUUUUAUGGGUGGGUGCAUAGCACAUGAGACCAUUAAAUUUAUCACGGGUCAGUACAAACCAGUCAACAACACAUUUAUAUACGAUGCAAUUACUUGUAGUUCAGCAACAUUUUCUUUGUAAUAAGUCUAAUUUAUUAUGGGAAAAGCCAAGAAAUUAAAUGUACAGAAUUUUUAUAAAUAUAAAAAAUAUUGAACA